GUGUCUACCUCCGACGACUCACUCUGCGGUAUUUGCUUCGAACCCCAUACAAUCAUGCGACAGCUAAAGGUAUGUGUGCAUGAAUUCGGCGAGGAGUGCUUACUACAACAACUCCAGUCUAAGUUUGCAUGGCGCUACAAGUGUGCUUCCUGUCGACGGGCAAUGUUG